AUGAGCCCGGCUGGGCUUCCGCGCCGCAGGCCAGCCUUAGCCCGUGUCAAGAAGCCCGCAUACCCCGACACACAGAAUAAUACCACGACGUGCUACACUUCCAGGGUGUGCAUCGUGGCAGGUUGGCGAUUAAGUGAAAGAGGACGAGACAUGAGACAGUUAGGAAGUAGUUUGCAGUUGAAGGAAGGAGCAGAUAUGGAUGGAUGGAUGGAUGGAUGGAUGGAGAUUCAGUGGUUAAAAGUACUGCAGGUCUUGGAUCAUGUCUUCCUUGUUAAUCUGCAGGUCUUGGAUGUAAGAUGUGGAAUUGGGGGGGCCUUAAGGGAAAUAGCCAGAUUCAGAUGUCUCAAUGCUAUUUGUCAUUCUAGCUCAACAGAUAUAACUGGACUAAACAACAACGCUUACCAGAUAUCAAGGGGCAAGAUGCAAUAUAGGCUAUUUGCAUUUCAGGAGCUCAAUUUUUCGGCCGGUUUGAGUGAGCAGUGCAACUUCAUAAAGGGAGACUUCAUGAACAUGCCAUUUCCUGACAACACCUUUGAUGCAGCCAACGCAAUAGAGGCCACAAUUUAUGCUCCUGAUGUACUAGGUGCCUACAGGGAGAUAUACCGGGUGCUGAAACCUGGUCAAUAUUUCGCACUAGAUGGACUGCGCUUGACUGAUAAAUUUGAUCCAAACAACGCUAAGCAUAGGGACCUCAAGGCCAAAAUUGAGCUCGGCUGUGCCUUGCCUGACGUCCGUACCACUCGUCAGUGCAUCCAGGCUAUGAAAGAAGCUGGAUUCGAGGUGCUGGAUCUUGCUGAGGACUCUCCAUGCCCAUGGUACUGGGACAUAGAUGCCCACCUUUUCUCAUGGAGCAGCUUCAGUUACUCUGGUGUCGCAAAGUUCCUCAUGCGUGCAAUUGCUGGUACACUGGAGUUCCUCCGGAUUGCUCCGAAAGGCAGCAGUAAGCUUGUUAGCAUGCUGCAUAGUGCAUCCAAUGACCUCAUCAUAAGCUGUCGGGAACAGAUCUUUACAGUGACCUUCUUUGUCCUUGGCCGGAAACCUCUCAAGGAAAGUGAUGUUUAA